GAGACUGACUGCAGCAAGCAUGGCCGAGCCGCAGUCGCCGACGCUGGCGAGUAUGACGAUCUCGAGCGUCAUGCGGGACAUCAAGGAGAAGUUCAAGAACGAAGAUGAUGAGGCCAACGUCUCGCCCUUCCAGAACCUCGACAAGGCCACGGUGCUGCACGAGACCAAGAUCUUUUCGGACGCGGCCAUGGUCAUGAAGCAGCCGCGCAAGUGCUGCCAGCUCAUCACGAAGCUCCUGCACAUCUUGACGCAGGGCGAGCCGUUCACGAGCACGGAGAGCACGGACGUCUUCUUCAAGGUCACCAAGCUCUUCCAGGGCAAGGACGCCAACCUCCGCCGCAUGAUGUACCUCUUCAUCAAGGAGGUCGCGGACGCGACGGCGGCCGAUGAGGUCAUCAUUGUCACGCAGAGUCUCACGAAGGACAUGAACUGCGACACGGAUCUCUACCGUGCGAACGCGAUCCGCGUCCUGUGCCGCAUCAUCGACACGUCGAUGCUCGCUGCCAUCGAGCGCUACAUCAAGCAGGCGAUCGUCGACAAGAACCCGCUCGUGUCGUCGUCGGCCCUCGUCUCGGGCAUGCACCUUAUGCGCAACUCGCCGGACGUUGUGCGCCGCUGGGUCAACGAAGUGCAGGAGGCGCUCAACUCGCCCGUCGACAUGGUGCAAUACCAUGCCCUCGCGCUGCUCUACCAGAUCCGCCAACACGACAAGCUCGCCGUCUCGAAGCUCAUCACGCAGCUCCAGAAGACGAGCCUCAAAUCCAACCUGGCGUGCUGCCUCCUCAUCCGGUACUCGGCCUCGCUCCUCGCGGACGACCUCACGGGCCCGAACGCGCGUCCGCUGUACCAGUUUCUCGAAAAGAUGCUGCGGCACAAGAGCGAGAUGGUGCUCUACGAAGCCGCCCGCGCCAUCUGCGUGCUUCCGCUCGACGCGCGCGACCUCCAGCCCGCCAUCACGGUGCUGCAAAUCCUAUUGGGGUCGGUGCGCCCGACGCUUCGCUUUGCGGCCGUGCGUACGCUGAGCCUCGUCGCGCUCACGCAGCCCAUGCUCGUGACCAAGUGCAACGAAGACCUCGAGACGCUCAUCGGCGACUCGAACCGGUCGAUCGCGACGCUGGCGAUCACGACCUUGCUCAAGACGGGCGCCGAGUCGAGCGUGGACCGGCUCAUGAAGCAGAUCAACGCGUUCAUGAGCGAGAUCGCCGACGAGUUCAAGAUCGUCGUCGUCGACGCCAUCCGGAACCUCUGCGUCAAGUACCCCCAGAAGCACCGCAUGCUGCUGAACGCGCUCGCCACCUUCCUCCGCGACGAGGGCGGGUUCGAGUUCAAGAAGACCAUCACCGACGCCAUGCUCGACAUCAUUGACGUCUUGCCGGAAGCGAAGGAGGUUGCGCUCUUGCACCUCUGCGAGUUCAUCGAGGACUGCGAGUUUACGCUCUUGAGCUGCAAGAUCCUGCACGUUCUCGGGCAAAAGGGCCCGACAACGUCGUCGCCGUCGCGCUACAUUCGGUUCAUCUACAACCGCAUCAUCCUCGAGAACGCCACGAUCCGCGCUUCCGCCGUCUCGGCGCUCACGUCCUUUGCGAUCCGCGUGCCUGCGCUCGCGCCCAGCAUCCGGUCGCUCCUCGCACGCUGCAUGCUGGACGACGACGACGAGGUCCGCGACCGCGCGACAAUGUACCUGCACCUCACGACGACCGGCAGCAGCCACUUCAUUGAGAACGACCUCCCCAUGGGCGUGCACCAGCUGCAAAAGUCGCUCGAGCAGUACGCGCUGCGCCCGAGCGCCGGCCGCGUCACGCUCGACGCACUCCCGUUCGUGCAGGCCGACGCGCCGCGCGUGACGUCGGCCAAGACGCCGGUGGUCGCUGCGAAAGAAGCCGUGGUGGACCCGGCGAAGGAGCUCUACAAGAUCCCUGCGUUUGCGGAUCUCGGCCCGCUCUUCCGGUCGUCGAGCCCGAUCGAGCUCACGGAAGCUGAGACCGAGUACGUGGUGUCGUGCGUCAAGCACGUCUUCAAGUCGCACCUCGUGCUCGAGUACCAAGUGCUCAACACGGUGCCCGACCAAGUGCUGCGCGACGUGUCGGUCAACUUUGAGCUCAUGCUCGAGGACGUGUACGAGGUGCACUCGGUCGUGCCCUUGCCGCAGCUGCCGUACGGCGAGAAGGGCUCAUGCUACGUGUGCCUCGCCCACCUCGAGGACGCAGAGUACCCGCUUGUCGCGGUGGCCAACGAACUCAAGUUCCGCGUCAUCGAACUGACCAACGGCAAGAUCCCGGACGGCGACAUGGGCUACAACGAGGAGUACCCGAUGGAGGACCUCGAGCUCUCGGCCGCGGACUUUAUGGCCAAGGUCCAAGUGCCCGACUUCCGGUCGGCCUGGGAGCACAUCGGCGACGAGCACGAAGUCCGCGAGCAGUACGCGCUUCGUUUCCAGUCGCUUGUCGAAGGUGUCGGCGCGGUCAUCGAGUACCUCGGCAUGUUUGCCUGCGACAACUCGAGCGUGCCGGCGCCCAAGGCCAAGUCGCACGUUCUCAUUCUCUCGGGCGUCUUUGUCGGCGGCGUCAAGGUGCUCGUCAAGUGCCGCCUCAGCCUCGAGGAGGGUGACGGCCAAAUGCUGCUGCAGAUGGGCGUGCGCUCCGAGGACGAGCUCGUCUCCCGCACGGUCGCCGACUGCAUUCGGUAAACACCCCAAAUAUAACAACAUCCUUUUCGCGU